AUGUCCAGUGCCAUCCUCGAUACAUUGGCAGAGGCGCUGUUUGAAAUAAAGACCCACCCUAACAUUGGAGAGUGUGCCAUUGUUGCGAAAGCUUUGGUGGAAAAAUUUCCUUGCCUAAAAGAACCUGGCUCAACAUGUGGGUGGUAUGCCUGGAAAUACAGCAUAUCCUUCAAAAUGGGGAAUUUCAGGCAGCAGUUACGCAUUGCUGGGUCAGUGGAGCUUUCUGUGCACAAAAGGUCAGCCUCCGGGGAUUCCAAGAGACCACAGAAAGCCAUGAGGUCAGAGGUGAACUUUCUGCCAGAACACCCUCAGAACAGAACCAUGGAAAUGCUUGAACAAGACCGAAACGAUUUACAGAGUGAAAUGAAGAAAAAGAACGUGGACUGGAAGAAAGUCGAUGCCCUUAUGGACAGCACCUUUUCACUGAGGAGGAAGGAGGUCAUCAGAGAGGAGCCUUUGGUCAAAGAUCUCAAAACCAGAUGGCCAGCGUUGUUCACAGAGCGGCAGAUUGAAGCAGAAUUCAGACGGAUUGUCUCCAAGAACCUGAAGCAGUCAUUUUUUGACGGCCUGGAUGAGUUGGUCCCAAGAUUUCUGCGUGUUUACAGACAGAGGCAGUCAGUGAAGGAACUUCCGGCUAUCCUCACCUCUCUUGAUGAUGAUAACUCAAAUCAACAGAAGAGAGCCGUUGUUCUCCUUGCCCUGCCCUAUUUUCUGAAGGAGGACCCUUCCAAUUUCUUCAAAAUCUGUAAGCCAAAUGAGGAGAAUGAAGCAGUCAAGGGAAUGGACGUGGGAAUCCUCAUCCUUACAGAGAAUGAACAGCGCCCUCUCCCCAAGGAGGUGAUCGAUGUCGCACUUGCCCUGGAGGAGGAUGUCGUUCUCCGAAACCUCAAAGAUGUGCCUCACGCGUUUUCAUUGCUGAUGGGUCUGCUUUAUGGUCUCAACAUCCACUACCCAAAAGGACUCAGGUACAUGUUUGAGAUCAUACAGAAGGUGAUAAUGAAGAUUGGCGCAGAGUCUUGCUCCUCAAGAGUUAAUGGUGUCCGGAACAGGCUCAUGUCCACACACAUGUGAUCGGACACGCAUCUUGAAGUGACGUGCCUCAAGUGUUUUCAUUGCUGAUGGGACUGCUUUAUGGUCUCAACAUCCACUACACAAAGGACUCGGGUAC